AUGACCCAACUGUUGCAUAAGAGUACAAGCACCAGCAUCACUUCGUUCCCUUUUGUGGACACCAAGGGGAAGAAAAUCAUGGUUAACUUCCCACACGUCAGCCACAGAUUCCUGCUAAGGCCCCCUCUGCUGUUUAACGAGAAUCAAACUCACAAUCAGAGGCUGAUCUCUGAGCUCAAGGCUCCAGACAUGCCGUACCUGUCGAGCACUGGCUCCCAAGAUCCCAAGUCCAAGGACAAACCACAAAAGAAGCACAAGGUGCCUCUGACAGCGGCAGAGGCCCUGAGGUGUUUUAGGAACCAACUGUCUUCUUAUGAGCACAGCGAAAUCCUGGGCUACACAGAGCUGUGGUUCCUGGGGCUCAAAGCCAAGAAGCUCCACGUGGCUCCUGAGGACUUCUGCAAGACGAGCUUUGAUGAUGAGCAUGGCUCCUAUAUGAAGGUCCUGCAUGACCACAUUGCCUACCGCUAUGAGGUUCUGGAGAUGAUUGGGAAAGGGUCCUUUGGACAGGUGGCCAAGUGCUUGGAUCACAAAAACAAUGAGUUGGUGGCCUUGAAAAUCAUCAGGAACAAGAAGAGAUUUCACCACCAGGCCAUGGUGGAGCUGAAGAUCCUGGAUGUUCUCAGAAGGAAGGACAAGGACAAUACCUACAAUGUGGUGCACAUGAAGGACUUCUUCUACUUCCGCAAUCAUCUCUGCAUCACCUUCGAACUCCUGGGAAUCAACUUGUAUGAGUUAAUGAAGAAGAACAGCUUUCAAGGCUUCAGUCUGUCAGUAGUUCGGUGCUUCACCCUCUCUGUUUUGAAGUGUUUGCAAAUGCUUUAUGUAGAGAAAAUCAUUCACUGCGAUCUGAAGCCUGAAAAUAUAGUGUUAUAUCAGAAGGGCCAAGUCUCUGUGAAAGUUAUUGACUUUGGAUCAAGCUGUUACGAGGAUGAGAAAGUGUACACAUACAUCCAAAGCCGGUUCUACCGAUCCCCAGAGGUGAUCCUGGGCCAUCCCUACAACAUGGCCAUCGACAUGUGGAGCCUGGGCUGCAUCAUGGCCGAGCUGCACACGGGCUACCCUCUGUUCCCCGGGGAGAACGAAGUGGAGCAGCUGGCCUGCAUCAUGGAGGUGCUGGGCCUGCCACCAACCCACUUCAUGCAGACGGCCUCCAGGAGACAGACAUUCUUUGAUUCCAAAGGUUUUCCUAAAAGUAUAACCAACAAUAGGGGGAGAAAAAGAUACCCGGAUUCCAAGGAUCUCACGAUGGUGCUGAAAACCUACGACUCCAGCUUCCUGGACUUUGUCAGAAGGUGUUUGGUAUGGGAACCUUCUCUUCGCAUGACCCCUGACCAGGCUCUCAAGCAUGCUUGGAUUCAUGAGUCAAGGAAUCUCAAACCACGGCCCAGGCCCCAGGCCCUGAGGAAACUCAAUCUCCCUUUCCCCUCUGAGGCAAGAAAGGACAAGGUUCAAGGGCAUCACCACUUGGGUAAAAAAGAUGCCAUCACCAAAGAAGAGACUACAGACAAAAUACAAGAUAGCACUGCUAAGCAGGUUCAGAAUUCGGGUGAUCAGCAGGGCUCUCUCCAGCACACAGCUGAAGUGGUCCAGCUGCCUCAUCUGGCAGAAGCUUCCAGUAAACCAGAGGUGGCUGUCAGGCCAGAGGCAUCCAAGACCUCCACAGAGCAACAAAGCAAAGACUCCUCCCCCAAGAACGCAAGCAUUUUACCACCUAUUGUAUGACCUCUGCUGAGGGCGUGUCCUGUUCCUUUUCACCAGUGAUUUGUAUCAGAGACCACACUUAUAUUGUACAAUACUUCAGAUACUUGUUGUUUUUAAUGCAUAAAGGUUUGUUUAAAAAACU